CAGAGUAGUUUGGAGAAACUUGAGCAUGGUUUGGCUAUGGCUCGAGCAGCUAUUCACGAAGCCAUUGUCUCUAAAACUUAUAAGUCAGAGAAAGUUGAGAGCUUUGUCCCAAGAGGAUCUAUAUACAAAAAUUCAUAUGCUUUUCAUCAGAGUCACAUAGAGAUGGUGAAGAGAUUCAAAGUGUGGAGUUACAAAGAAGGAGAGCCCCCAAUAUUCCACAUGGCACCAGUGAACAACAUAUAUGCCAUAGAAGGGCAAUUCAUGGAUGAAAUAGAGAGUGAAAAGAGCCAUUUCAGGGCCACAAAUAUUGAGGAGGCACACACAUAUUUUCUGCCCAUGAGUGUGUCUAAUAUAGUCCAAUUUAUUUACACUCCUAUCCGUUCCAAAGCUGAUUACAACAGAGAUCGUCUAUUUAGAGUUGUGAAUGACUAUGUUGAUGUUGUCACCAAUAAGUACCCCUAUUGGAACAGGAGCAAUGGUGCUGAUCAUUUUAUGGUCUCCUGUCAUGAUUGGGCACCAGAAAUUUUACAUGGUAAUCCCGAGAUAUUCAGCUACUUGAUUAGAGGCCUCUGCAAUGCCAACACCUCAGAAGGGUUUCAGCCCAAUAGAGAUGUCUCCAUACCUGAACUCAACUUGCCCCCUGGAACUUUAGGCCCACCAAAUUUGGGCCUGGCCCCAAGUAACCGCUCAAUUAUGGCCUUCUUUGCAGGUGGAGAACAUGGAUAUGUGAGGAAGAUCUUGCUCCAACAUUGGAAGGGCAAAGAUAACGAAGUCCAAGUCCAUGAGAAGGUUCUGGGGCCCCAAGGCUACACUGUGUUAAUGGGCCAAAGUAAGUUUUGUUUGUGCCCAAGUGGGUAUGAAGUGGCAAGCCCAAGAUUAGUGGAGGCAAUCAAUGUAGGGUGUGUGCCAGUAAUCAUCUCUAAUAAUUACUCCCUUCCCUUUAGUGAUGUACUUGAUUGGAGCCAAUUUUCCAUACAAAUCCUAGUUUCAAAAAUACCAGAAAUUAAAAACAUCUUAAAAGGGAUCUCAAAUGAGGAGUACCUCAAAAUGUAUAAGAGGGUUUUAAAAGUUAAGAGACAUUUUCUGGUGAAUCGGCCAGCACAACCAUUUGAUGUGAUUCAUAUGGUGCUUCACUCAAUUUGGUUGAGGCGACUAGACUUUAAGCUUGAAUAAGUAAACUUGAGAUUCAACAUUUUUUUUGUUGAGAUUUUUGUUUGGUUUAUUAGGUUUACAAAUGAACUUAUAACUUGUAUAGUCUUGAGACAAUUAGACACCA